AACCCAUUUUUUAUUUAUUCCAAUAAAUUAAACCAAAAAAACACAGCAUCUAAAGCUUGUAUACUAAAGAAGCUUCCUCUUUCUCUCUCUCUAAUAACACACACAGAAGUUGCAGGUCUUUGGAAGGCAGAGAAUAUGAAUUUGGUGAAGGAAGCCAUUGAAGAAACGCCAUGAAAGCUCAUAUCUUGAGCUUUGUGCUCAUCUUUUCUUUCUUUAUAUUGGUUAGAGCCAAAGAAUUUCAAGAUUCUACGAGUAAAGCCAUCUUUCAGAGAAGAAUUCUGCACCAGCCAUUGUUUCCGGCGGGUCCAACACCGCCUUCAGGGCCAGAACAGCCGCCGCCACCACCACCAACACCCACCAAGUCUGACCAUCCCUUCUUUCACGAAAACCCAAAUGGACAAACCCCAGAUCAAGCGUUGCAGCCACCACCACCGCCGCAGGCGGUGGUGGCAGGAGUGACGGCAAAUGACACGGCCGUGACACACCCGAUUGCCCCACAACCGGCCAACAAACCUGCCAAGAAGAUCGCAGUUGCGAUUUCUGUCGGAAUUGUGACUCUAGGAAUGUUGUCGGCGUUAGCUUUCUUUAUUUAUAAGCAUAAAUUAAAGCAGCAAAGUGAAUCGCGAAAGCUCGCCGGAGGAAAUAGUUUGCCGAGAAGUAAUGAAGAAAUAUCAAGAAACAUGCCGCCGGCGACUUUUUUGUAUAUAGGGACGGUGGAGCCAUCAAGAUCAACAAGCGAAACAACCAAUGGAGGAUUAAACGGAUCGCCUUAUAAUAAAUUAAACUCGAUUAAAAGAUCCGACCGGUAUCGGCCGAGUCCAGAAUUGCAGCCACUUCCACGGUUGACUAAACCUCCGCCACCACCAACCACCACUUCGCCGCCGGCCAUGUCUUCUUCCGAUGAAGAAGAAAUCCAAGAUUUUUACACUCCACAGGGAUCCAGUGCCAGCACCGACGAUGGGUAUUCUGUUCCGAGUUUGAAACAGAGUCACCGGAGCAAUAAAAAAGAUAAAAAUUCAAGCGUUUUCCGAUCAACCAGUCCUCUCCUGAAUUCGAAAAGAACUUCACCAAGAUCCAGACUUUCGGUUUCUUCUUCCCCAGAUACAAAACAUACAUCACCAUCGUCGGAAAAACUACCUCCGGCGGCACAGCCACCGCCACCCCCACCACCACUUCUAUCAAUCACAAACGGCCACAGAAGAGCGAAAUUUGCAGCACCGCCACCUGGAGCUGAUAUGACCCGUUUACAUUCCGUGAACAACCAUUUUCAACAGAAACCCAAAAUCCCAGUUCCACCACCACCGCCACCGCCAUUAACGCCACCGGAAAAGUCGGGAGUUUCUCCGAUGAAGACUGUCUCAACGUCUUCUUCCCAAUCAAUGAAUCCUACUCCAAAAGUAAUUCCUAAAAUUGUGAAAAGUAUGUCUUUUCAGGAAGGAAACAACGAUGGCGUUGAAUCCGACGAUUUGGAUGGAUCGAAACCGAAGCUGAAGCCACUUCAUUGGGACAAAGUCCGAGCAACCUCCGACAGAGCUACAGUUUGGGACCAGCUUAAAUCAAGCUCCUUUCAAUUGAAUGAAGAUAUAAUGGAGUCUCUUUUUGGAUGCGAUUCCGGUGGUUCGGGAAAGAAAGACGAUGGUCGUAAAUCGGGCAUACCUCCGGCGAUCCAGGAAAACAGAGUUUUGGAUCCUAAGAAGUCACAGAACAUAGCCAUACUGUUGAGAGCAUUGAAUGUAACACAAGAGGAAGUUUCUGAAGCACUUCUAGAAGGGAAUUUAGAGGGUUUGGGUGGUGAACUCUUGGAAACACUUGUAAAGAUGGCUCCAACCAAAGAGGAAGAAAUAAAACUUAGGGAUUAUAAAGGUGACAUCUCAAAAUUAGGGUCAGCAGAGAGGUUUCUGAAGGCAGUUCUUGAUAUCCCAUUUGCAUUCAGAAGAGUUGAAGCCAUGCUUUAUAGAGCAAACUUUGAAAAUGAAGUUAAAUUCUUGAGAUCUUCUUUUCAGACAUUAGAGGCAGCAAGUGAAGAACUGAAGAGCAGCCGGUUAUUCCUUAAACUUCUUGAAGCAGUUUUACUAACAGGAAAUCGGAUGAACAUUGGCACGAAUCGUGGCGAGGCUACAGCUUUCAAACUCGAUACGCUCUUAAAACUAGUAGAUAUUAAAGGAACAGAUGGAAAAACGACGUUACUUCACUUCGUAGUUCAAGAAAUUAUCCGAUCAGAAGGCAUAGAUUCCGAUACCAAAAACCUUCCAACGAAUCCCACGUUCAACGAAGGCGCUUUCAAGAAGCAAGGAUUGCAGAUCGUUGGCGGGCUGAGCCGAGAACUGGGGCACGUCAAGAAAGCCGCCGGAAUGGAUUCAGAUGUUCUAAGUGGCUAUGUAGCAAAACUCGAAAUGGGGAUUCAGAAAAUCCGGUCAGUCGGUCAAGAAACGCCAGAAAUUCAAGAAAACUUCUUUCGGUCGAUGAGAAUCUUUCUUAAAGAAGCGGAAAUAGAAAUUGCCAAGAUCAAGAUUGACGAAAAAAAGGCGUUGGCAUCGGUGCAAGAGGUAACCGCGUAUUUCCAUGGUGACACUGCGAAAGAGGGAGCAUACCCUCUUAGAAUCUUUACGAUCGUAAGAGAUUUUCUCGGGAUUUUGGAUCAUGUAUGCAAAGAGGUUGGCCAAAUGCAAGAUAGAAUCAUGGUGGGUUCAGCUAGAUCCUUCAGGGUUCCAACCGGUGCACCGUUACUAGCCGUAAGCAGAUAUAACGUGCAUCGUAGUAGUAGUUCCGAUGAAGAAAGCUCAUACUCAUCUCCAUAGAACACGAUUUGGGAAGGGGAAUACAUCUUACAUGUAUAAAAAAUAAGUGUACCCUUCUUUUUUUGGUAACUCUGACCCUGAAGAUAACAGCUAGGAAAAUCUUCAGUGGUCUUGAGGAGACUCGAACAGGACGACCUAUGAGUGUAUCUGCUUUACUUAAGGUUGAACAGAUAGAAAAUCAAAAGAGCGAAUGUCGGAUGAGAAUCCAUACGAAGAAGAUGAUGGUGGUUGUGUACGUCUACAAGACGAGGUCUCGAAAUCGGCAUUUUAUAAUUUUGGAAUGUGGUCUAGGUAAACGCUAGAAGGAUACGAGUAGUUGUUCAAGAACAUAAUGGUUUAGUUUUGAAUUUUUGAAGAGUAUUAUUUCAUAUAGGCAAAUUAAUUCUUUUUUAAGUUUUGGUGUUUCUUUUGGGAAUGUUGUUCCAAAGACUAGGACUAAUUUGAAGAUUGAAUACGGUAGAUAUUUGUAUC